GGCUGCUGGGUGAUAGGCCCAGGCCGGAGCAGGCUGCAGCACGCUGAACCGCCAGUUGCAUCAAAUCGUGGCAGUGGGAACGUGGGGUGCAAAACGGGUCCCCUUCAUCGCGGCUUGCUUCCGUCGUCAUGGCUCAAAGGGCCUUUCCGAAUCCUUAUGCCGAUUAUAACAAAUCCCUGGCCGAAGGCUACUUUGAUUCUGAAGGGAGGCUGACUCCUGAGUUCUCACAACGCUUGAGCAAUAAGAUCCGAGAGCUUCUUCAGCAAAUGGAGAGAGGCCUAAAGUCAGCAGACCCUCGAGACAGCACUGCUUACACUGGUUGGGCAGGCAUUGCUGUGCUUUACUUACAUCUCUAUGAUGUGUUCGGGGAUCCUGCCUACCUACAGAAGGCACAUGGCUAUGUAAAGCAAAGCCUGAACUACUUGUCCAAGCGUUCCAUCACCUUCCUUUGUGGGGAUGCAGGCCCCCUGGCCGUGUCUGCUGUGGUGUAUCACAAGAUGAACAAUGAGAGGCAGGCAGAAGAUUGCAUCACCCGACUGAUGCACCUAAAGAAGAUUGAUCCCCACGCUCCAAAUGAACUGCUGUAUGGACGAAUGGGCUACGUCUAUGCUCUGCUGUAUGUGAAUAAGAACUUUGGAGAGGAAAAGAUCCCUCAAAACCAUAUUCAGGAGAUUUGUGAAACUGUCUUAAUUUCUGGAGAAAACCUAGCUAGAAAAAGAAACUUCACAUCAAAGACUCCACUGAUGUACGAAUGGUAUCAAGAAUACUAUGUAGGUGCUGCUCAUGGCCUAGCAGGAAUUUAUUACUACCUGAUGCAGCCCAGUCUUCAAGUAAGCACUAUGAAGUUGCAUAACUUGGUUAAGCCCAGUGUAGACUAUGUCUGCCAGCUAAAGUUCCCUUCUGGAAACUACCCUCCAUGUGUGGAUGAUACACGAGAUCUGCUGGUCCACUGGUGCCACGGUUCCCCUGGGGUAAUCUACAUGCUCAUCCAGGCCUAUAAGGUGUUCAAAGAGGAACAGUACCUCAGCGAUGCCUAUCAGUGUGCGGAUGUCAUCUGGCGGUACGGCUUGCUGAGGAAGGGGUACGGGCUGUGCCACGGCGCCGCAGGGAAUGCCUACGCCUUCCUGGCUCUGUACAAUCUCACACACGAUGUGAAGUACCUGUACAGGGCCUGUAAGUUUGCUGAGUGGUGCCUCGACUAUGGAGAACAUGGAUGCAGAACACCAGAUACCCCCUUCUCCCUCUUUGAAGGAAUGGCUGGAACAAUAUACUUCCUGACUGACCUCCUCAUGCCCACAAAAGCCAAGUUCCCUGCCUUUGAACUAUGAAAGGAAAGGCAACCCCUGCAUCUCCCCGCAUGACCCUUACUGUGUAUCACACCUGGGCUAACGCUGUCCUUGCUUUUUAAGAAACCAGAAUCAAACUGUGUUUUUGAUUUUUUUCAGAAUUCAUCUUUAGUUCAGUUCCUUCGCCAAUGACCUUUAUUUUAAAAUAUCCAAGGAAAACUCUUAUCUUUAACAUUGGUUUCUUCCUAUAGAAAAGGCUGGUGAUAUGUACAGAAUUUGGAGGACAUAUGUAGAUAUAAAGUACAUAGUUUAAGCUUAUGAAUAUAACUGUCUAAUACUGUUCUAAAAAUGUUCAGAAAAAAAACUAAAUGUAGGCAAACAAAGGUAAAUAUGUGAUUAUAAUUGGAUAUUGCCCUCCCUCUCUUCUUCUGGCAUAUUCUUCAAACAGGACAGUUUUGUGACUGCUUUUCACUAAGUGGUUGGUUAUGACAGGGGAGAAAAUAUAACUACUAUAUAUACUUCCAGGAUAAAAAUUCCAAGAAUUGCGAACUGGGUUUGGGACCUAAAUAACAUUUUCAAAAUUCACAAUGCUUAUUUAAAAAUAGUAUAUGCAUUCAAAUACACUUCUUUUUGUUAGUAAGCAUCCAAGUUCUACAUGCUGUCAUUUUUAUCAAAAACUCCUAAAAUGUGUGGUCAUGCUUUAAAGGUUAGUUCAGGAUAAGCUAGCAACAGUUUGUUUUUUGUUUUUGUUUUGUUUUGUUUUUUUGUUUUUCUAAUAAGCUAGUAUAUUUUGGAACUAUUUAAUCAAGAAGUUUUCUGUGUAUGGAUAUGUUAUGACCUUGGACUUGAGUGCAGCCUCUCUACUGAACUUCUCAUCUUUUGCUUGUGUUUUACUUACUUUGUGAUGGCUGAGCUUUAGUGCUAGCCAUUUGUUAAAAGCCAUAAGAUAGUUUCCUUCCUUCCAACCAAUGUAGACAUUGGUUUUCUUUAUGAAAUAGUACAGUACUUAUAUUUAAAGGGGAGUGGGGUGCUGUAUAACCAGUAGCUUGAAUAAAAACAAAGCUUUUAAAAGAAAUGCUGUUUAUUUAAGCGGUAUUAUCCUGCUUGGCACAAAUAAAUCCAAUGUCUUUGCUUGCCCUGCACUUAAUAUUCAGCACUUUUUGAGCCCCCAGGUUGGCAUUUAUAUGGUGGAUGAAGAACCCUGGGUGCUUCACAUUCUAUGCAAAGAUUUUAACUAUUCAACCCCGAUUCCUCCUCCUUCCAUUCUUUUUUCGCUUGUUGUAUCACUUCUACAUGUUGACUAAUUUUAGAUCAUUUUACGGAUUUUAAAAAAAACAGGGUCUAAAAACAUUUUAAGUGCCUGUUCUAUGGCUCUCUCCAUCACAGAACCAUACUAUUUUUAUUCAAACUUUGGACCAAGUCCCACAGAGUAUGCACUGGGUCCUGGGUAUAAUAUCUAUUAUUUUCUAUGUAGUGCCAAUAGCCAAUGUUUGCAGGAACUGUGUGACCCUUUAAGGCCAGUGACAAUAUAGGAUCUGAAUAGCCCGCUGCCCAAUGCUGGCAUCAGCUAACUCCUCUGCGAUGUGCACUAGUCAGGGACAACCUGUGCCUUUCAGAUAUUAGAAAUGCUGCCGGUAAGCUGUGCCUUUCUCGUCAAGGUCGCAGAACAACAGCACUGACACUGGCAGGCAGUAAAGCUGAUUUGCCUUUGGGUGGGUAUCCAACUCGAAAGGAUAAAGCUCAUUUGGUUAAGUUAAAUGUCUUACUAUACUAUACCUGCACUUACGGCUACGAUAAUUACUAACCAAGAGAAAAGAACAAAUAUACUUUCUUUGAGCCAGAGGAGACUUGAUUACAGUGUUUCUCCAAACUCCUUGAUUGAUUUAAUCCCAGGAUGACUUGAAGGCACAGAGAAAGAACAUUUAAGUUUCUGCUUCCUAUAUGGAUUGCACUUCAGCCACUGUGCGCCAUUAGCAAAUGUAGCAGGGCAAACAAGUCAGAUUUCAUUCCUCCUUUUGCUUUUGAAGACUUACUAUACUGGCAGGAUUUUAUAUUUAUGACAUUAUUUUUAUGCUUAAGAGCUAAGAAAGUUUGAUAGAAUUUAAAACUCAGGCAAAGACUAUAAAACUAAGACUAAUACCCUAGUGCCAUGGUAGAUACUGAUAGUUAACAAAAGUUUUCUUAGUAUUAAAAUAAAAAGAUCAUUUCAGUUUUAUUUCUGUUGCAUCAUUUUUCCCUCAGAUAUUUUUCUUAUUAGGAAAAACUUCCCCAAAAUUUGCUUCCCAGAGAACUCAAUAACAUGCCUUAUCCCCAUGUAAAGGCUCACUAGUAAAACCUUAAAAGCUUGUCAAGCAGUAUUCAGUUGUCCUGUCAUGUGUAUUUCUGUAAUGAUGGGAAAUUGCUGUGAUUUAACUUUCUGGCACAUGAAAUACGUUAACAUUAUCAGAACCAUUUCCAUGAUGCCAUUGGGUUUGGUCUCAUCUGAGAUUUAGCAUUUAAUCCUUAGUCAUUUGGCUCACUUUUCAUCUUUGAUGUCAGUUCCAAUUAUUUGGCAUCAAAAGCCUUUAUGGUAGGUAGUGUUUUAAGUAAAAGUGUGUCCGAGACCAUUUUCUAUAAUUAUUACCACUUCUAUAAUGGACUGAAUUGAGAGAGACACUCUGUUCCUCUGUCAUCAGGUUAAUUUCUUUCAAUCUUAUGAUGUGCUGCCUUCUACUAGCUGGUUUUGAAACAAAAAAAUGUGAACAGCAAACAUUUAGACAUCCACUCAUUUGACAACUAGAACCUACCUGUAGUUCUUUAACACUCACAUUGAGUUCUGAUUCCAUUUUUCUUCCCCUAAAUAGGCAGAGCACCCCAUUCUAUGUCUGGAUGCGUGUAGAAAAAUGUUCUUUCCUGUAGAUAUAAAACAAAGUGGAUAUUCAGGGAACCCACCCCAAUAUUAGUUUGCUAUUUUUUUGGCAAGGCUUGGAAUCUCAUGUAUUUCUGCAUUAAGCAAUCAACUAACUUCUCUUGUUCUCAAUAAAAUUCAAUUAGAUUAUCUGUCA